CUAACCCAUUCCCAUAGGCUGCCAGAAAGUGAGUUCGCCGUCCUCCUCUUCUACACUCCCUCUCAUAUCUCUCUCUUCCUCUCUCCCCCUUCUCCCUCACUCCCUCACUCACUCACCAUGGCCUCCUCCUCUUCCCCCCAAGCCGACCACUUGGCCGUGCUGAUCCACGGGCUCUGGGGACAACCCAAGCAUCUAGACUUUGUUCGCAACGCGCUGCGCGAGGAGCACGCCGAAGAUGACCUGCACAUCCUCGUCGCGACAUGUAUAGGCGACAACAAGACAUACGAUGGCAUCGAGGUGGGCGGAGAAAGAGUGGCCAACGAGAUUGAAGAGAAGCUUGCCCAGCUGGAACAGGAUGGACACACCAUUCGCAAGAUCAGUAUCGCAGGCUACAGUCUGGGCGGUCUCAUCGCGAGAUAUGCAAUCGGCGUGCUCUACAGCAGUGGCCUCUUCGACAGGAUACAGCCCGUCAACUUCACCACGUUCGCGACACCGCAUCUAGGUGUCAGAACCCCCAAGCGAGGAGCACGCUCAUACCUGUUCAACGUCUUAGGCGCAAAGACCUUGAGCACGAGUGGCCAGCAAAUGUUCCUCGUCGACACGUUUCGCGAUACCAAACGCCCUCUUCUCUCCGUCAUGGCAGACCCGAACAGUGCCUUUGUCAAAGGUCUCAGCAUGUUCAAGAACAAGUGGAUAUACGCCAACACGAUGAACGACCGAAGCGUGCCCUACUACACCGCAGCCAUGUCCCGUAUCGACCCUUUUGUCGACCUCGACAAAAUCACCGUCCACUACCUCUCCCCUCCUGGAGAAGUCAUCCUCGAUUAUUCCAAUCCCGCCACGCCACGAAGAAGUCCCUGGGAAGACAUGACAACUUUGGAAAAGAUCCGCGCCGCCCCUCGACAAACCAUGAAAACACUACCUUUCUAUUUGGUCCUGCUCACCCUCAUGCCCAUUGCUAUUCCGGCAUUCCUCCUCAACGCAGGCUACCAAACAUAUCGAUCGGCCCAGAGAAUCCGACACCAUGAAUCUGGCUCGGCAUUCAAUUUGGACAAAUAUCGUGUCAGACUAUUGGAAGAAGCCGAAGCUGCUACCGAUCGCGCAUACGAAAACCUUGCGAAUUCUACGCGAGAGGAAUAUCUCCCUACACCCGCAUCCGAAUCGGCGUCGAGUUCCGCCUCGACAUCGUCAUCAUCCUCAUCAAUAUCCAAUCUAAAAAACAGCAACACAGAAAGAAGAAAAGGAGAAGAAGAAGGGAAGGAAGAAGCAGAUUUACGAAAACUCAGUCGGCGAGAAAGCAAACGAGAAAAAUGCCACGAUUUUCCCCUUUUGGCCUUGACCACCGAACAAUUCGACAUGAUUGACCAUCUCGAUCGCUGUGUCGGCUUUGAAAAAUUUCCCGUGCACAUUCAAAAAGUCAGACAUACACACGCGGCGAUUGUCGUGAGAAUGCAGAAACCUCUCUCUGGAGCAGAGAGUUUCUCCGAAGGUGUCGUUGUGGUUAAGCAUUGGGCGAGCAAAUUUGAGAUUUAAAAUUUGAGAUUUCUUCAUUUUAAAUAUUUGAACAGAAGAGAGAAGAGAAGAGUAGAGAAGAUAUAGAGAUAGAGAUAGAGAUGUAGUAUGAUAUGAUAUGAUAUGAUAUGAUAUGAUAUGAC